UACAAAAAAAAAUUGAGGGAAAAAAAAGAAGACAAAUAGUCAAAAUGUCAACAUUUUUCCCCAUGAAUAAUGGUGAUCAUGUUUACAGCUACGCGAGAAACUCCCAAAUACAGAGAGAAGUGUUAGAUGGUGCAAAGGAGAUGAUGAAAGAAGCAAUUAUUAAAAAUCUUGACAUCAAAUACAUAUUAUCUUCUUCAAACAAAUUUCAUAUUACAGAUUUGGGAUGUUCAAUUGGACCAAACACUUUCACUUCAAUGCAACAUGUUGUACAAGUUGUAAAGGACAAGUACCAUGAUAAAAAUCUUGAAUUUCAAGUAUUUUUCAAUGAUCAUGUCACUAAUGAUUUCAACACCCUUUUUCGUUCACUACCUGUUGAUCGAUCCUACUAUGCAUCCGGAGUUCCAGGAUCUUUUCAUGGUAGAUUAUUUCCAUCACGAUCGAUACAUUUUGCUCAUUGUUCUUGUGCUAUACAUUGGUUAUCUAAGAUUCCAAAAGAGUUGUUAGAUACAAAUUCCCCAGCAUGGAAUAAGGGAUUGUGUCGUCUGAUGGAUUUGGUGAAUGAGGGAAUGUUAGAUGAAUCUCUAGUUGACUCAUUCAAUGUGCCAAUUUAUCUUCCUUCUCCUGAUGACAUAACUAAAGUGGUGGAGAAAAAUGGAUGUUUUAGCAUUGAGAAUAUAGAGUUAACAUAUCCUCAAUCAAAGCUUGUGGAUGAAGCUGAUGCAAAGACUUUUAUCAUUAACCUAAGAGCUAUCUUAGAGGGACUUUUCAUCAAUCAUUUUGGGAUUAAAAUAGCAGAAGAAGCUUUUACAAGGACUAUUUUAAAAAAUAAAGAGAUUUCAGCAUGGAUGAAAACGAAUUACAAGGCAUGCCAACUAUUUAUCGCUUUAAAACGUAAAUAAGAAGUUUAUCUAUCUAUAUAUAUAUAUCUA